AUGUCCUUAAAGGAGAAUGAUGUUAAGGUGGCACAGUGUGGCCAGGAAAAUUUCCAAGUUUCUAAAUAUGAAAAGUCUCUACCUCUGCUAUUUUACGUCAAAGUUACAGAUGGAUCUGUUCCAGUUCCUUUAUGAUUUGUUCCUCUCAGUCCUGGACGCUACCCUUGUAAAAUCUUGUUGACAUCAAGGUAUGAUGUGCGUGUCUAUUGCAUUGAAGGUGUGGUAAAUGAAGAACGUCCAGAGGCCAGAUUUGAUUUUGAAACACCAGCAUUUGAAGCCCUUACCCAGAAUAUUCCAAUAAAUAAUAACACAAAGAAUGAAUGGAAAUGUCAAGUUACUAUAGAAGGAGAAUGGUUUUAUGGACCUCCUGUUUUACAUGUUGGACCAGGUGAGACUGUGAAUUAUCCUCUGACAUUCAAACCUAUUUUGGAAUGUGAGAUUAUGGGCAAACUUACUCUACAAAAUGAAGUAGAUGGUAUGAAGCAUAUCUUUGACAUAAAAGGGAUUGGAAAAAGACCGCUGGCCUUGGAACACAUCACCAUAGACUGUCAAGAGGGGGAGAUAACAGAUAAACCCAUAAUGGUGCCCAAUUAUACAACAAGCAUCCUAACAUUUAAAGUGUCCUCAGACCUUCCGAUGGUGUGGGGAAACCGAGACAUCACCAUAGACCCUGAUAAUGCAAUUCCCUAUAUUCUACACGUAUGCCCUUGGAAAUGUGGUGUAUUCAAAGGUAACAAAAUUAAUGAAAUAUUAUUAACUACCAUACUGGGAAAGAUGAGUGAUGAGAAUAAAUUAAAAACAGACCCUGAGAAAAGACUCUCUUGACAAAUGAGUCCAUCAGAAAGAAUGUCCUAUGUUUUUUUCUUUUUUUCAGAUGAUGCUAUUAGCAAUUUACAAAUCUGGUAUUAUCUUGAAAUCCAUAGUUCUCCUGUACCACCCUUAAACACUAUUGAAGUGAAAUGUAUUGCUCUGGAGAGUGUUUGUAUUGAAAUACGUCUCUUUAAUCCAAAAGAGAAAAUUAUUCACUUAGAUGUGCAGUUAUCGAGUGCUGCCGUUAGUGGACUCAAGGAACUUGUACUGUUUCCACUAGAUUCUCUCAACUGUGUUGUACGGUAUUCUCCAGUGACUACAGGCUAUAGAGACGAAAGGUUUGUCACUCAGGUAAUUCCUUUAGAUAAUCCUACACACGAAACCUUAGAAUUGCAAGCAACAAACAGUAAUCCUGAUAAUUUUGUCCAGGAGAUUAACAGAUCACCAAGACUAGAGCCAGUCAAUGGGCCUCAAUCACUUUAUCUUCCCCCAAGUAGCAAAACAAGAUCUGAAGGUUCAACAUCCCUGUCUGUAUUUCCAAAGCAUACGAUACCAAAUAUGUAUAGUGAAUGCCAAAACCCUGCUUUCAAGUAA